AGUUUUUAAGCCCUAAAUCCAUCAUGAAUCGAUUCCUUUAUAUAUAUUUUGCCUCUUCCCUUUCUUUUAAUACUUUGAUCCUCUUUCUUAUUUUUUCUUUCAAUCAAACCCUAGUUCCUCACGAUCAUCGGUACUGAUCUAAUCGCCAUGACUAAGAACUCCUUCAAGCUCUCUAAUCCUCUUGAGAUAAGAAUGGCUGAAUCUGCUCGCAUCAGAGAGAAAUACCAAGACAGAGUUCCCGUGAUUGUGGAGAAAGCUGAACAGAGUGAUGUUCCUGACAUUGACAAGAAGAAGUAUCUUGUACCCGCUGAUCUAACCGUUGGGCAAUUCGUCUACGUUGUUAGGAAAAGAAUCAAGCUUGGAGCCGAGAAAGCAAUCUUUGUCUUUGUCAAGAACACGUUACCUCCAACUGCGGCAUUGAUGUCUGCAAUCUAUGAAGAACACAAAGACGAAGAUGGGUUUCUCUACUUGACAUACAGUGGAGAGAACACAUUUGGAUCAGCAUGCUAAUUAUCUCUGCUUUGACAAUUUGAUCUUGAUAAUGAUUGUACAUUCCUUCCCCUCUCUAGCUUUUGCUCUGUUUCGUCGACUUCAAUAAUGUCUUUUUACUUUCUGGGAUUUAUAUUUUUAGCUCUUUUUUCUCUGGAUUUAAUAUUUUUCCUCAGUUUGAUUUGA